AUGGCUGAUAGAGGAGGAUUCCACCGUGGUGGUGGCCGCGGUGGAGGAGGUUAUCGCGGCGGGCGAGGAGGAGGAGCAGGCCGUGGAGGGGCCCAAGCUCACGGAGGAAAUCAAGCGUCUACCGGCGAACGGGAAAAGCCCAAGAAGGAGAACAUCCUCGAUCUUGGGAAAUACAUGGACAAGAGGAUCACCGUAAAAUUCAACGGUGGCCGCGAGGUUACUGGAACUCUGAAAGGAUAUGACGCUUUGAUGAAUCUUGUCCUUGACGAAGUCGACGAGGUCAUGAGGGAUGAAGAUGGAAACGAGACUACUCGGCCGCUCGGGCUUGUCGUCGCUCGCGGCACUCUCCUCGUCCUCGUCAGCCCAGUAGACGGCAGCGAGCAGAUCGCCAACCCCUUCGCCCAGCCAGAUGACGACUGA